UCGUCGAAUUGGUGGCGCGUUACUUAUGGUGACGAUGCCGCUUCCUGCAGCCACGGCCGACAUGAGCACGUCGCCGGCUGCACGUGCCACUUCAUUCCUUGAGACGUCGGGAUCGAUGAAGCUCGUCCAGAACACCGCAGACGAUCAGCUUCCCCCUACGCCCAAGGUGGACACCCACACUGUCGUGCCGUUCGUGUCGGCAGUCCUCCCCUGGCUCUACAUCGUCCACCAUAUCAAUGCCAAGCAGCUCGAUCGCGUUUUGGCCAUCCUGGCCAAGUCGGACGGCCGCGAUAAGGCGUGCAAGAUCAUUCAAUACAUGUGCAAACUGGCGAUGGCUGUGAACCAGCAGAAAUACAAACCCGCGGUCGGAACACUCGCACGCCAGUUGAGCGGCACCCGGCGUGUCCUCCGCCUCGGGCGAUGUCUCAAGUUCUUUCCCAAUUUUGUCGACGCAGGUUGCGAACCCGUGGGGUGGAGGCGAACGGUCGCGACGCUCAGCGCGGUCGUCGGGGGCGCUGGCGAUGUCGGCGACGACGUGUGCUGGAUCAGUGACAUGAACCUCCUGUCUGCUUCCGUGGCUACGUCGUUGGAAAUUUGGAUCGACCGGCUCUGGUUCGCCACGGUGGCGUGCGACGUGCCCCUCAACACGGCCGACCUCUUGGACGCUCGUCGUGCGUUCCUGGAAGCCGUUCAGCGACUCGACCAGACCAAGGAAAGCGCGGUGGCCCUCCACAAUUGCCGAGCCAAGUACCUGUCGGUGUGGCUCUCCCAAGUCAAGCUGUUGGCAGACUUUCUUCACUCGACCCGACGAGCGUUCGACUGGCCGACGGCGUCGCCGCUGCAGGACGCUGUGUGCGGACUCGUGUCGGCAUCGUGCGCCAUGACCAAACUGUGGCAACCUGCCGUGCUGCGGAAGCAAGACAUGGCCCGAUGAUGCCCCCCUACAUGUCGUAGUAGUCGACUGCAUUUCUCGGUGAAGUCAUCCGCCACGAUGUGAAUCGACUGGAUCGCGAUGUUCGUUUCUUGUU